CCUCCUCCUCCUCCUCCCCCACAUCGAUCGGUCGCGGUCGCCCACGGCACCACGCGCCGCAUUGCGGGUUCACCCGGACGUUCAUCCCCCCCGCGCGCGCGGUCCAUCUCUAUCCGCAGAUCCACGCAUCCAUCCAUUCACCAUUCCGCACGCCGGCCUCAGCUCAAAGCCCCACCACAACCACUGCCGCUUGCUGCCACCGGCGCGCGCUGCCCCGUCCUCCUCCUCCUCCUCCUCCUCUCUCUCUCUCUCUCUCUCUCUCUCUCUCUCUCUCCUGGCCCUCUCGCUAGCAGUGCCACCACGACGGCCGUGCCGAGGAGGGUGGGUUAAUGGCGCCUCCGUGCUCAGCAGCGGUGGUGGCGGUCGUCGUCGCGGUGAUGCUGCCGCUGGUGCUGCAGGCUUCAGUGGGCGCAGGCUCGGCGGACUGCCGCUUCCCGGCCGUGUUCAACUUCGGCGACUCCAACUCGGACACGGGCGGGCUGUCGGCCACCUUCGGCGCCGCGCCGCCGCCCAACGGCAGGACAUUCUUCGGCAUGCCCGUCGGCCGCUACUGCGACGGCCGCCUCGUCAUCGACUUCAUCGCUGAAAACCUGGGGAUACCUUACCUCAGUGCGUACCUCAACUCAAUAGGAAGUAACUUCACACAAGGUGCCAAUUUCGCAACGGCCGGUUCGUCAAUCAGAAGACAGAACACAUCUCUGUUCCUCUCUGGUUUCAGCCCCAUUUCCUUGGACGUCCAGUCCUGGGAGUUUGAACAAUUCAUCAACAGAAGCCAGUUCGUCUACAACAACAAAGGUGGCAUAUACAGGCAGCUCCUACCAAAAUCCGAAUACUUCUCUCAGGCGCUCUACACAUUCGACAUCGGCCAAAACGACAUUACCACAGGCUUCUUCAUGAACAUGACCCCUGAGCAAGUCAUAGCUUACAUCCCCGAUCUAAUGGAAAGGCUCACGACAAUAAUCCAGAAUAUAUAUGGGCUCGGGGGAAGGUACUUCUGGAUUCACAACACGGGGCCGAUCGGCUGCCUGCGUUACGCCAUGUCGCACCGCCCCGACCUCGCCGUCGUCAAGGACGGAGCCGGCUGCUCCGUCGCCUACAACAAGGUCGCCCAGCUCUUCAACCAGAGGCUGAAAGAAGCCGUGGCCAGUCUCCGGAAGACCCGUCCUGACGCCGCGUUCACCUACGUCGACGUCUACUCCGCCAAGUACAAGCUUAUUAGCGAGGCCAAGAAGCUCGGGUUCGACGACCCGCAGCUUCCGUGCUGCGGCGACGACAACGUCGGGUGCGGCGGGAAGGCGGAGGUGAACGGGACGUGGGUGGUGGGGAAGUCGUGCGACAACCCGCUCAGGCGGGUGAGCUGGGACGGCGUGCACUUAACCGAGGCGGCGAACAGGUUCGUGUUCGACCAGAUCGUCGCCGGCAAGCUCUCCGACCCGCCCGUGCCUCUCAGGCAGGCGUGCCAGACCGGCAGGGGGCGGUGAAUCGCCUUCGACGUCGUUGCAUCGAGCCGUCGUCGUCAGGUUGGCUGUGCCGUGCUGCUGCUGCUGCUUCUGGCUUUGUAAGUGCAUAAUACUGGAGAGGCGCCAUAUGUUUGAUGUAUACAAUUUACUAAUUCCUUUGGUAAUAAAGGGUAACUAGCACGGUGGCCGCGCAAAUUGCGCGCCAUAUAUAUUUUACAUAAUUACAUAUAUACUUUUAUGUUCUAUUACUUAAAA